CUCAGAGCAUGGGAUCAUAGGCUUAGGAUCUGGUACAGACUGACAUACCUUUUCUGCUCGGUAUCCUGUUGCUGUUAGGGACUUCCUUGGCUGGCUCAUCAUUUUUGGAGCAGAGUAAAUGAAGACAGUGUGGGGGAAAAAUGUGAAGUGUUAUGUGUGAUCUGUCACUGGAAGGUGAGAACCUAGUGUGGAAAGCAUAAGCUGCAGGGAAGGACCAGAUUCGUGUCACUAGAUGAAACCCAAGCAUCUUCGAGGUCAGCCUCACCUUAUGACCUUUCAGAACGGAAGACUGACUCUGCCUCUUGCAGUUGAGAUGGUUUAAGGUUCACGUCCAAGAAAGUAGAAAAUCUGAUGCUGUGUUCUUUUCUCCCUCGUGGAAAUAUGGAUCUUAGCCUCAGGAACAUGGCUGAAGAGACAAUGCCGAGCUACUUGGGGGGAAAAGCCACCCCAUUCAAGGUGGAAAUUGUUAACCUGGCUCCUGCUUUUUAUCAGCUUCCAGGCAACUACUCUGUGGAACUUGAGGAGGCCUUUUGGGCCCUCUUACCCUCACUGCGUUGGUUCUUCAUUCCUUUGACUCUCUUUACCACUGCCACACUGGCCUUGAACCCUCUUCUCCUGGCUACCAUCUUGUGGAAGAAGAAAUUCCGGAGUGAACCCCGUUACUUGCUCUUUGCUAAUGUCAUGUUCUCGGAUCUGGCCUAUAUUCUUUUCCAUGUGUUGGUUUCAACAAGUAACCUUAUUGGCUGGACCCUCGGGCGAAUUUUCUGUGGCAUCUUCACUGAUGCUAUAUUUAUCUCCUAUGCAAGCACCAUCUUGUCAUUCACUGUCAUGGUGGCAGACACUUACCUUGCUGUUAUGCUCCCCCUUCGCUAUCUCUCCCUCAUGUCCAGUGCUACUACCAGGAAAGUAGUGGCCAUGAUUUGGGUGGUGUCCUGCUUUUUCCCCACCUUUCUGGUUUGGUUCAGUAAACAGCAGGAUUCUAGAUUGACAGAUGAGCCCUUGCUGUGUAUCCUGCAGCUGAAUCUGAGUUCAAACUCAGACAGCAAUCACUUGAUCACUGUUGCCAACAUUUUCAUCUUUUGUGCUCUCUUUGUCUGUGCAGCUCUGAUCUCCUACUGUUAUGUGAAGAUCUAUCACACGGCCAGGACUUCAGGCCUUUGUAUAAAUCGUUAUUCGAGGGCCAAGGGAACGUUGCUGAUUCAUACGAUGUUAAUUGUACUGUAUAUCAGUCCAGUGGUGGUUUUUGCUGUGGAUAUUAUGCUGUCUAAGAACCAUCCCAUUGGAAACAACUCCCGAUUAUGGCUGAUGGCCAUUAACAGCGAAAUACUGAUGCUGCUUCCUAGAGCCCUGUUGCCUUAUUUGUAUGGACUGAGAUAUCGGCAGCUUCUCCAAACUCUCAAAGGCUUAGUCUCUAGGAAAAGGACCAGUGAUAUUCAAACAAUUUCCCUUAGUUAGUGGGGCUCAGAGUUUAAAGUAAGGAAACUCAUCAGUCACAUCAAAUGGGUUCAAAGACUAACUUUUCCAGAUAUCCAAAUGAUUUUGUUCUGUUAUAGUGAAAUGUUGUUUUCUAAAAAAGUCAAGUCAACAAGCACUUAUAAAGUGCCUACUAUGUGCCAGGCACUGUAGUCUCUGCUGCUAACUGCAUCCCCAGUCUCUGGAGACAAAAUAGGAAAUAUAGCUGAUCCCCAAAGAGCCCUUGAUUGUGAAUGAACAGGAAAAGAGAAAAGUGUCAAGUACCACCUCCAUCCUUCUCUUACUUUAAUUCUUAGACCUUGUGGGCUUCCGUUUUGAUUUGGUGACUUCUCUGACUUCGGUGAAUAAGCUGUCUGAGGUGGGGAGGGGGUCAGGGGAGUUCAAGUGUAAUUUUGACUUGAUGGCAGGACAAAAGGCCUAUAAAUAGCUCAGCUAUAGCUUUGCUUAGCUCUUAUCUCCCUGUCCUUAACUUUAUUUCAAAUGACCCAUAAACUGGGAUUUUCUGUUAAAUGUUUAGGCACCAGAAAAAGCAUUUGUCAGAGAGUUUUAUUUGUUACCUGAUCAUGAAAUAUAAUUAUUCUGGGACAUUCACCAGCCUAUGGAAAUAGUCUUAUUAUUAAAUGUUUUCUUUUCUAUAAUGGUGUUGACUUUAUUGACGUUUUAGUUGUCUCAUGUCUGAAUUCAAGAGUGAGUUGAGCAUAUAGCUAAUGCCUCCACUGUCUAUCCUUCUUCUGCUAUAAAAGAAGGCAGAAACACAACAUCACAGCUAGAAAAACCUGUCAAGCACUCAAAUGAAUGGAAUUAAAGGGAAUUUGUGUCUGCUUCUUGGUGAACUAAAAUGCUUGUCUUUAUAAUUUCCCAUGCCUCUGUUGUCUUUGUUGAGACUGUAAGGUCCUAAGGGCCAGAGGUCGCAUCUUUUGCUUGAACUUUUGUAGAAUGGCUCAAUC